UAUACGCGGACCAUAACUUGCGAUGAAGGUGUUAAAGAAAUAAUGUCUAACAGUAACAUUUCUGUAGUUUUUAAUAAUAAUUAACUUGUCUUCAUUGUAUGAAUAGAAGGUUAAGAUGUCCACCUUAAACAAAGACCGUUACCACAGAGCUGCACGGGCUGGGUGCAUUGAUCUCCUACAAAAUACUACAAGGAAGGAUUGUAACGCCCCAGACAAAGAGGGUAAGACGCCAACACAAUGGGCAGCUUACUACGGUCACCUGAAUGCUUUACGCCUACUGAUUGGCAGAGGGGGCAAUCCAGACAAAUGUGAUUACUUUGGCAACACAGCUCUUCACUACUCAGUAGCCAACGGUCACAUGAAUUGUGUUUCAUUUCUAGUGAACUUUGGUGCCAAUGUGUGGGCUCUAAACAAUGACUUUCAGUCUGCCAAGGACGUGGCUGUUAUCAACUGUCGGGACGAAAUUAUGAGGUUCUUAAACCGGUUGUUAGACAUGCAAGUGAAGCAAAACAGCAAGCAGACCUCUAAGUUGAAGGACAAAGCCCUUCGAGACGCCGAGAAACGCGUGAAAAACCUACAAAAAAUUCAGAGGAAGGCUACGAAGCUAACUGAGCAGUCCGAACGAGAAUUAAAGAAGCAGUGGUGGAAAAUGUCCAGUGUCGACAUCCACUCAGAUAACUGUGGAUUGAAUCUGCCUUUUGUGGAUACUGGCCAAACUCUCAAAACGAGUUCUCAGCUUCUGUAUGCCAAGUCAUCUAACUCCUCAGAUAUUGUCAUAGAUGGUCAGAUGAUGCAAAGUACGCAGAGUUUGAAAUUAAACCGGGGUGUUUUGUCUAAGAAAGUUCAGCAGAGAAAGCAGGAGACAGUUAGAAGUGAAGUGAAUUCCAAAGAAAUAGAAAAAGGAAAAAAUAAAUUAUUGCAUUCAUUAUUUGAUCAACGUCGAAACACUGAAAUGAUGUUUUUUUCCAAGUAUGAUCCCCAGAACAAUAAAUUGGAAAAACAGCAUAGACGUCUGAAAGACAGCUUUAGUAGCUGGAGUAAAAUUUCUCGUUCUCGAAGUGAGCCAUAUAUUCUCCAGCCCGAAAGUUCUAUAUCAGAAGACGAUUUUUCUGCAGUCAAAUCCUCCAAAAUUCUUAAACGCCCCAAAUUUGGAAGUACGGCGCUUUCUGGCUCCAUCACUGGAAGUCUGCGUUAUCUAUCUAGUAGCGAGGAUGACAUUUAUGGAGAUUCCAUCCAGUCUAGUGAAAAGUUCGCGGAGCAGAAGAAAGACGAUGUUAAUGACAGUAUAGGAAGCGCUAGUAGCUUAGCUUACCGAUACAUGCCCUGGAAAAAUGAAGAAGCAACAGUGAAUAAUAAUACACCUGAUUUCACGCCAAUAAUCCUGUUUCUUGCAGCUAAUGAGAUGACUGAAUACCUACCUCUUUUUAUGAGGGAGAAAAUUGAUCUGCAGUCUCUUGUACUGUUAACUGAUAAUGACCUCAAGGACCUUGGUCUGCCUCUAGGUCCUAGGCGGAAGCUGAGCCGAACCUUAAAAAUCCGAAAGGAAGCUCUAGAAAACCCAGGGCUAGUAAUCGAUUCUAAGGUGUAAAGCGCCAAUGUAACGAAUUUCGGAAUCAAAGUUAUGACCAAAGUUUUAGAAAAAUAGAAUGGAGUAUCGAUAUAGAUACUGUUGUUGUAGAGCCAGAUCAGAAUAAUGAACAAAUAAUUUUAGACAUUAUUUUUAUUAGUUGGGUUUGGCAGGGCCUGGUGGUUAGGAUGAUCGACAUGCAAUCUGAGGGUUAAGUGUUCGAAUCCCCGUCACCAAACAUACUUGUACUACAUGGUUGCCGACUGUGCCACCCACCCCAAUAUAA